AUGUUGCCACUCAUUUUGAUAUUAUUCCUUGCUGGUUUUCCGAUCUUGACCAAGUAUUUGGUAGCCAUCUUUUCUCCAUCAACUACUAGUUCUUCUGCAUCUUCUGGUGCUGCUAAGAAAGUUGACGAAAAUUCAUCAGCUAACAAUAAGAAGGAAACUCCAAAGAAUACAACAACUACUACUGCUACUGCUGUUUCAUCAUCCACAAAAGAUGCACCUUUGAAAGUUGAUGAUCAAAAAACAAAACCUGUUAUUGAAAAAGUUGAAAAACCAUCAGUUGUUGUUGCUGCCGAAACUAAACCAACAGAAGUUGUCAUUGAAAAGGUAACCCCAAUUGUUGCCGAAAAGAAGGAAGAACCAGUUGCUACAACACUUGUCGAAACCCCAGUCGAAAUUGAAAAGGAAGAAGAAAUUUCUACCAAUGAAUUUGUUGAAGAAACCACACCAGUUGUUGUUUCUAAUACAGUUCAAGAAAGUAAUGAAUUUGUCCCAGAAGAGCCUGUUGCUGCUGUUGACGAAACUCCAGUUGAAGUUCAAAAGGAAGAAGAAACUAAACCAGUGGUUGCUGUUGUUACAGAAUCAUCUGAACAAGAAAGAGAAUUUGUUUCGAAUUUGGAUGUCGAAAAGAGUUCAUUCGUUAUCAAACCAUCUCACAUUUCCAAGUAUUUGAUUGGUCAAAAGGGAGCUACUAUUAACAAGAUCAAAGAUGAAACACAAUCAAAAAUUGACAUGUCACCAAUCGAUGAUGACAGCACAUUAGUUACAAUUACUGCCAAUGGAGAAGGAUUCGAUUUAGAAAAGACUUAUAUUAAAUUGCGUGAUGAAUUGAAGGUUUAUGGAUGGGAAUUUGAUAAGAAUGAAAAUCAAUUUGUUGAACACUUGACUGAAUCAAUGAAAUUAUUCAAGGAAUUGGAAAAGAAGAUUCAAGAACAAGCUCAAAUUAUGGCUUCUUCAUUUGAGAAUGCCAAGAAGGCCUUUGAAGAAGGAGAUAAAGGUCUUGCAUCCCAAUUGAGUAAUGAAGGAAAGCAUGCUCAAUCAUUGAUGAAGCAAUAUCAAGAAGAAAGUGCCAAUGUCAUGUAUGAUCAUCUCAAUAAGGACAGACCAGAAACUGAAAUUGAUUUGCAUGGACAAUAUGUUGAUGCUGCCAUGAAUUUCUUGAAACAAAGAAUUGAAAAGUUAAAGAGUCAAUCCAUCAAUCAAUUAACCAUCAUCUAUGGUGCUGGUAAUCACUCUGAUGCUUCUGGACCUAAAAUCAAACCAGCAGUUUUGACCUAUUUGAAGGAAAAUAAUUUGACCUAUGAGGAACAAACUCAAGGAAGCAUUCUUGCUAACAUUUAAUCACCCUCUAUUGAAUUAAACAUUUCAAAUAUUAU